CUCGAGUGGAAUUAGGGUGAGACACUUAACUCUUACCCUGAACCCAGCAGGAUCCAGGCCAGACCACCUCUUGGUCCCCUGGGCCCUCGGACAGAGGACAGUAACAGUUUUCGCGGGAGUUGUGACCCAUUCCAGGGCGGCUGCGUAGUAAGUGCGCUUGCGCUACCGGAAAACCGUUGCAGACUGAUUGGAGGAAGGUGUAGGGCAGAUCUUAAAGCACUAAUUUGUUCCAUAUAAGUCACGAUGCCUGACAGAGCAGGUACAAAUCAUACAACGGGAACCAAGUCAAAGCAGGAGAGCAGAUCUCAACAGUGCAAAGAAACUGGAAAAAGGAAAGUUGAUAACAGAGAUGCUAAGGAGUCAGAGAAAGAGGUAAGACAAUCAACCAAACAAAUGAAGAAACAACAAGAGAGUCCAGAACAACCUUUGCAAGAAACUGGGAAAAAUACAAAUAAGAAAAAGAAAACCCUCAAAAAUAAAGUAACAUGGCAGCCCCUCUCAAAAAACAAUAAGGAAUAUUUUGAGACUAUAAUGGAUUCUGUGAUACGAUCUGUUUUGAGAACUGAAAUAAAAGAAAAGAAAAACACUCAAAUUCAUCUUAACUGCUUAAAAGAAAGAUUUCUUGAAUUGUGUCAUAAAGUGUCUCUGGGAGACUGGAACAGUCUAAAGGAAGUGUCAAAUCUCCGUCUGAAGGAAAUGGAAACUCUUGAGUCCAAUGAAGAACACCUGGAGUUAUUGCAGGAAGAGAGUGAAAAAGCAUUGAAGGCCACAGAGUUAAUAAGUGAGAAUAUUCAGGACCUUCAGGACAAAAUUCGAAUUCUUGAGAAUGAGUUGGAGGAAGAAGAGGAAAAGACUAAGCAGGUACUUAAGAUAGGUGGUACCAAGGCUCUUUCUCUUCCAGAACUCCCCAAGAAAAGUAUUAAAGCCCCAAUACUUCAUGAGGAAAUUUUGAAGAGGAUCCCAAAUCAGAAAGAUAUUCUAAAGGAUCUUCAUGUAAUGAAUAAUUCAACAGAGAUGAACAACAUGUUAAUUUUCAUAAAAGAAGCCUAUACGAAGCUAGAUGCCUCCUGAGUGCUUGUACUUUACAGUUGAAGACAAUUUGACUUUUAAAAAUCAGUGAAAAUGAUUGUUACCUUUAAUGGUCUUUAGAUAUAAUACAUGAUAAGGCCAUCAUGAGAAUUACAAGUUCCCUAUUCAUCACAAGCACUUUUUUUAAAAGAGGCAUCUCCUGCCAACUGAAAUUCCAGAGGCCCUAGAUCAUUUCCAGAAAUGAACAAGUCUAGGUGCUGUAGUCUUCCCAUUCCACAUCUUCCUGAUGUGUGCCUUAAGAUGGGCCCUUAAAGAACAAGCUUUACUCAGCUAUUGUGGCUUUUCUGGACCAGGGUUUCAGCUGAAUAUAACUCGAUUAUUUUUAAUCAAGGGAUCAACCAAAUAAAACAGGACAUAGAGUAAUUAACAUGUACCUUUCAGAAGUAACUGAACUUUCAAUGGCUAGUCACUCAGAACUGGAAGAACUACCCUCUUUCUUUUUUUUUUUUAAUCCCUUCUUAGUGCUAUUUUCCUCCCUCUGACAACUCCUUGCCCUUCCCAGUGAGCUGUCUCAGUUUUCACUGAUAAUCCAUGAGAAACUAGGUGAUUUAUAAAUGUAAUUUAGGAUGUCUAAUGGCAUCAAUAUUUUAUUUCUGUGAGCGUUUAGAUACCAAAACCUUUUUUCCCUCUCCAGAUUAUCAUGGAGGCAUGAUUGUGUCCCAGAAGACUGAUUACUAGAGAAAUGCAUGUAUACUAUGUCCCCUUAGAGUAUCACCUCGAAA